AUGAAACUUCCGUUCCUUGCACUUGGUUUUGUCGCCGGAAAUGCUAUUCUCUCGACGGCUUUACCGCUACUAUCAACCCGCGACGUUCAAAACUCGACCAGCACAACAACAUCCAAUAAAGAAGUCGUAAUCCACAGCGGCGAUGAUUUCUGCCUCUUUUUGCCUCCCCAACCAGGACUUGAAGUGGCGUCUCAUGAGAAUGAUGGUGCUCCCUUCUGUUCCAUUUCGAAUGAUGUACCUGGCGCAAGUCAAUUUCCCCAAGGUGGUCGUGCCUUUGAAGCUCAUUAUCUAUUUCAUACAGACUUCAUUACCACCGCACAUUACGAACGAUCUGAAGCUUAUGAGCAAGUCACGGGCUUCUUCGACCGAACAAAGUAUAACCUUCAAGAAAGCGAUGGUGGAGGUCAAUACGAUAGUCAUGCCAGUCAUAAACCGACCGGAGCCACUUGUGCAGGCUAUCCGUAUUUCGUGAGCAUGAUUGAGCCUUCCGAGAAUCGUUUUUGUAUCCGUUGCUGUCAGAACACCGAGGAUUGUCCCACCGGCCGAUCAGAAUACGGUUGUCUCAGGAUCAUUCCUGGUGAUUACUCUCAGGGCAGCAACACCGACACUACACAGCAGCAGCCAACACCGGAGCAAUCUCAAAUGCUCCAACAGAGCGGCUCUUCUGCCGCUCCAGCAGCAUCAGCAACAACCCCACAACCCCCUAAUAGCGACAACACAACGUCCCAACAGAACGAUGGCUCAUAUAUUUUGCCACAUGAAGAUGUUGCUCCACAAAGUCUAGAACAGCAACCCUUGAGCGGAUGGGAGGUUCCAAAUGUAGAACGCGCAUUCGACGCUUUUCCCUCGGUGGUCAAAACAUUGCAAACAGAGCUGGAUAACGGCACCCCAAUAGACCAGAUUCAAAACCAUUGGACCAAUUUCCUCAACAAACUGGCUGUCAAGUUCCCUGAUUCGGAAGAAUACAUCACAAAGAUGCAAGACAUCACUGCCGACUUCGACAAAAAGGAAGACUGGGAAGAGCUUACUAGAAUUCUCGGUAACGACACUUCAUCUCUUGACCAACAAGGGCAACAACAACAGUCAGAGUCAUCAUCAGCGCCAGCAUUGCCAACAGCACAUCAAGAUCAGGCUUCUUGGUAGACACAAAAAGAAGGUCACACUACCUUGGAUAUGGUUUUAUUUAAUUGUGUAGCGUAGAUAGCAGUAGUAUUAGUUGUAUUAGUAGUAGUGUCAAUGCUAUUGCUAGUUGGAAGUUAUGUACAUUUGAAGAAAAAAAAAUAUUUUAACUAUUUGCACAUUUGUGUGUUUUGUUGUUGACAUCUUGCGGAGCCCAACCCUUCUCCCAUCCAAGUAAAUAGUCCCAGUGAGGAUUGGUGUGAUUUUCGGUCUUGUAUGUCCAGAAGAACCAGCCCACACUGCUUGUUUCGAAGGAAUCCAUCUGAUAUUCCAUGAAGGAGUUGAGGAACG